UUUUUACAAUAUAAUAUAUUGUGAUGUAUGUUAAAUGAUUAGUUAAUGACAAUUUUGAAGUUUGAAGUUAAAAUCAAUCGACCUGCCAAAAAAUCAGUGCUGUCGAUAGGUUUCUAAAGGUAUUUCUUUUUUGGUGGCAUGCGGUUAAGUGCUUAAUGCAGAAUUCUUCUUCUUAUGCUGUUUUGUAUAGUUGUUCUAAGUUAACGAUAUUACAUAGUAUAUCAAUUUCCAACAUUCGUAUUUUGCCGUCUUAGAAGGAGUCCCCAUGUGCUAUUCACCGUUGUGCCUUUAUUAACGUAACGACUAUUAACGAUGUUUCAAUGAUGUGACCCGAGGCAAGUGCAUUGCAACAUGCAGGAGGGACAGAGGCAGGCAGGCGAGCCCCCACCCUUGCCCUGCCCCGUCUUGUUGUCGGUCCGCGCGCCAGUUAGCCGUUGAGCGUCCCUCGCGGCGCAGGCACCUCACCGCGUAUUAGUGAUUGUGUGAAUGACGGCAUUGUAUUCCGUGUGCUUUGUGUUGUGCUCACUGACAGUGUAAUUACUGUUGAUUCGUUCUCGACGAUGUCAUUACGCGUACGUGAUGGCGGCGCGUAGUUGACAUGUCGCUGAGCGCGCCCGUACAGGCGGCGCGCGGGACUAGGACCAGUAGUCUCGACCAACUCGACUUUCAGGAGCGGAGGCAAUUGAUAGCGAGCUCACUAUCUCUUACUGACUUCUUACACGUCGGAGCGAAGGAGGUAGCUGCAGUUGCCGCAAAGAAACAGAAUGGUUCGGCGGUGCGAACGAAUAGCCUUGGGUCUGGUGCGAGGACGCCGCCCGCGGAACGGACCAAGUCCAAGUUCUCGGCCUUCGGAAGACUGUUCAAACCGUGGAAAUGGAAACGGAAAAAGAAAUCCGAAAAAUUCGAAGCAGCUUCUAGAACGUUAGAAAGAAAGAUAUCCGUCCGAGCAAAUAGAGAUGAGUUGGUACAGAAGGGUAUACUACUGCCAGAAAGUCCUGUUACGCCAGUACCCGAAGCCAAUGAAGAGUUGUCUCCGGUGUAUGGUGGCGAAGAGGCGCGGGCCGAAACGAAUUGCGGGCCCGACCGUAUGAACGCGAUGCACGUCGCGCUGCAGGCACAACUCGCGUCGCAGUUAGCGCAGCAGCAGGCGGCGCUCGCUGCCGCCGUCGCCGCUGCUGCACACCACCAAAACAAUAACGUCAUUGAACCAAAGAAAGAUAAAUUGGAAAAUGGUGGUGAAACGACCAGGCCUGAAAGGCCAAACUCAUUGACUGCCGGUAAACAUCCUCGACGGAUAUGUUACCAAGGCGACGUAGUAGGUGGCUACAAUACGAGAGGGGAGGGUGGGGAUGGAGAAGAACCCUUAGUUCUGUCGGAACUGCCUGAACCACCCAUCGCUUUAUCGGAAAUUGGUCCCAUUCCCCCACCGCCUAUGUUCAGUUCACCAAGUCCCACGCGACAUCACCACCAACACACGAUGCCUCAACAUCCUCACUCCGACUCCGAAGAGGAGGAUGAUCCAGAGGAGGAAGACGUAGAGCCACUGGCGCUUGCUGGUGACACGUCGAGGAUCGAGGAGAUUCCGCCGAAGGAGCCGCUGUACAAUGCGAUGCCGCUCAAGUCCGCCCUCAAGAAGCGGCCCGCGCCCUCCGCCUCGCCCGCCGCCACGCCGCUCGCCGCGCGUCAAGACCACCAUCACGCCAGCUUCAAACGGCCGCCGCCUAAGCCCAGGAUCCGCAUAUGCAGUCGACCGAUUCGCGUGGGCAACGCCAUGGAGAACAAGGAGAACGCCAGGCCCUGGGACGGCGAGUACCGGGACGACUACACGAGCGAGUCGGAACGAGUCGCGGCCAAACUAGCGAGAAAGGAGAGCUUAAACAUCAAGUUAGCUUUGCGACCCGACAGACAAGAACUCAUAAAUAGGAAUAUCCUGGUGGUGCAGAGCGAGCACGAGCGUCAAGAGUCCUGGGAGGCCAUCGGGGCGCGGCUCAUCCGCCGUCUGUCCAUGCGGCCCACAGCCGAAGAACUCGUCGAAAGAAACAUCUUAAAAAGCCAAUCACCCGCCGAAGAGAAGAAGCAAAAAGAAGAAAAGAAGCGGUACUUAUUGCGCAAACUCAGUUUCCGACCCACGGUAGAUGAGCUCAAAGAGAAGAAAAUUAUCCGCUUCAGCGACUACAUCGAGGUUACUCAAGCCCACGACUACGACCGUCGCGCCGACAAGCCGUGGACUCGCCUCACGCCGCGGGACAAGGCCGCGAUCCGCCGCGAACUCAACGAGUUUAAGAGCUCCGAGAUGGCGGUGCACGAGGACAGCAAACACCUCACUAGAUUCCACAGACCAUGACGGCCGAGGCUCGCAGCGGGCGGCGCGGCGCGGCGCGGCGGCUGAGCCCGCGAGCCGGACGGGUGCGCGCGCCUCCGCUUGUCCACGUUGACCACUCCGAUAGCUCACCGCGUCGAGUCGGUAAAGGGUUGAAUGUUCUAAAGCCGCGCGGCGCCGUCGUCGCGGAGCCGCGGCUGCUACUGCGCCAGUGCGGUCCUGUUGUUGGUCUAGUUAUCGUAAGGCAGUCGUCGAGUCCGGAGGUUCAUUUCGUGCCGACAGUCCCCGGACGUACCUAUACAUUCUUCGUAUUGACCUUCGCGGAAGGUUAGUGAUACUGAUUACGUGGUGGAGAUUGUGCUCGUUCGUUACGAAUCGUGAGGUUUGCGCGUAACUAUGUCAGUUGCAAGACACUCGUCCACCAUGUAACUUUAUGAGAAUUUGUGAUUUUUUCUAAUAUUCAUAGCGCUUUUAGCUUCGUAGUCAUUAAGCUAGAUUGGUUAACUUUUAUUUAUUAAAUGCGUUUCUUAAACCCGUAUUUAACUGUCACAAGAUUUUCAAAAAUCGUUUCUAAUAAUGUAUCCCAGAAUUUAGAGUAGGUAUACUUUGCUAACCUCUGCCUUGACAGCGGUUGAUGGGUAACUUACUCAUACUUGAACGAGAAGUUCCGUUUUGUGAUUUCAUUGAAGAUUGUUAUUAUAAUUCUUAGAAUUACUUUUUUUUAAAUUAUAAUAAUAGGCGACGUGAAACAUUUUUAACAUAAUUUGGUUUAUUAAAAUUACCAUAUUUAAAAAAUAAAUAAUGCGUAGCUACCUAAAUGUAUAUUCGAAUUUUAAUAAUAAAAUAAUUUUUGUAUACUAUUGCUGUUUUGAUCGAUGAAUCAAACGCUCAAUUAAUUAUAUUUAGUGAAUUUCUGUUUUCAAAAUCUUCCGUUGACCAGAGUAUUCAGAUAAUAAAUUAACACGCGUACAGUCAAAUUUGAAUUUUAAAAAAAUACCAUAUAUUUUCCAUUCAGUUGACUAGCUAAAUAAAGCAAUCAUAUUACGAGAAAUUAAUUUUGUAGCAAGCGUCUGAUCCAUACAGAUUGCCAAGUACAGGGACAGAGUCGGUGUUUGCUAAGGGCGCCUCCGCACGGUCGUGCCGUGUCACAGAUAACACUAGUGUUGAGCUCAAUUUUUAAGAGACGUUUAGUUAGUUGUCUAUUGCGUAAUCUGUACGACACGAGCAAACUCGGCGGGAGCAAAUUGUUAGACGUCAUGUCGCACUAGAGUAGGGAUUAGGGUAAACCUCUUGAAACUUAACGAAGUAUCGAUAUUGAUCGAAUAAUAAGCUCUUAUAAAGAUGUAGUUGUUAUUCUUGUGAAUUAACGUCGAAGCGCCUUGUGAGAUUACGCGGUGAUCGCUUACGUGAUCGGUUCACGUGAUUCGUUUUCCGUCUUUGUUGUGGUGUAACGAAAGUGAUUCGAUACUAAAAUGAGCAAUAAUACUGCUGCGUGAUCCUUUGUCGACUCUUUCGACGUUAGAGUUACGACGUUUUAUAUUACUGUAUAGAUGACUUUCUUAUAGAGUAAUACGUAGUUAGGUAUUGGUUAUAUUAUGUUAUGUAUUUUUUUUUAUAAACGCGACAUAUUGUUCAGUAGUGGUGCCAUUUUUGUAAUGUUUUUCGUAAUUAAACACAUGAAUAUUCUAUGAAAAUUUGAUCGCAUAAAAGCAAUGUCAUUAUAUUGUACUUUAAAAAAAAAACACAGGUACUAUUCUAAAUGUUCGACCUGAAUUAUUGAAUUAUGCCAAAUUUGUUGAUCUGUAGUUAGUUCUUCAUGUUUUGUAUUCGCAAAAUGAUUUUAUACAAAUUUGGAUUUAAUUGUUAUCAAGAAUUCGAGUCAAUUUACAAUGGAAUGUAUUUGAAAGCAAUGCAAUAUGUAAAGUAACAAAAUGUUAUUAUGUUAAUGUUUUCACACUGAUGGUUGAGCGGCGUAAAUGUGCAAUUUUGUAAUACUAAUUAAAAGUAAUACGAUGUUAUUAUGGUAGCGAGCUAUAUAAAACGUUUGUAUGCUGUGGUUACUCUUGAGACCAUUCCAUUAUAGAAUAAAGUGGAAGCCAAAAUGACGACUUAUUUUUCUAAUAAAUUUUGUUAGAUUUGCAAUUAAAAAUAAGGAAAAAAAUACUUAGAUGUUUAUCGAUAUAUGUAGUUAUCUCUAUAUUUAUAAAAGUUCUGUAUUAACAUUAACAUCUUUGUGAAAUAAUAUUAGCAGAGAGUUACGAUGUCGUUAUUAUUGUAUUCAAAAUGAUGUUACGUUGAAAAUUUCAUUGCAACUCAACUGUACUGUUUUUUUAGAUUUACCCACGGACAUAAUUUGGUUCUCUUUGUGUCUUGUGCCGUAUGUUUUAUGGGGAGUGCUGUGAAGAAUUGUCUGAUAUAAUAUUAUUUUUGCCAUCGCACCAUUUGAUUCAGAGCUUAUCCCCAAUACCUACAACCUCUACACCACGUACCAUUUGGCACUAAGACGAACUAGUCUUUCUUUUUCAAGCAAGGCUGAAUAAGUCUUUAGUGAUAGGAAGCGCCAUGUUUACGAUCUGUUUCAAUAAAUAAAAAAAAGGAUGUAUGUGAUUAAAUACACUUUCACACAUACUCAAAUAACCAAACGAAUAUACAAGGUGUGACGGAAUUCUCAAUUUCAACACCUUUUUUUUUAAAGGAAUUUAGGACCUGGUAACUAAGACCUUUAGGUCAAGUCUUAUUUUAAUUUUCAUGAAAACUUUUUACAUGAAAAAUUUUCAACACAAACCAUAAACAAUGUACAGAUUAAAUAUCGUAAACCGUAAAGCGAAGGCAGCUGGCAGACUAGGCUCACCGCCGCGCAUCACAUGACGCAAUGGACACCGCGCUCUAACUAAUAUUUGCAUUACAUUGCGUGUAGUUCAGUCGUGAUCAUUUUAAUGUUAUUGUGUCGUCUGCCACCAGCACCUGUCUUCGUUUUCGGGAAUGGCUUUCCUACGCUCUGUAUAGUUUGUGAAUCAGCUAAUUAAUACAUGGGAAACAUUCUAGAUAUUUUAGUCAUAAAGUACUAUUUAUAGUAAUCGUGACUAUCACACGGGCUCGUUUACCGUUGGGAAUCGAUGAAGCUAUUAUGUUCAAGGACAAAUAACCACAAAAAAGAUCAGUUGAAAGCAACCGUCACUAUUACUGUAAAUAUGAGAUAAUUAUUUUCCAAAGAUCUAUAACUCAAAUAUCUUAUUAUAAAUAUACCUACCUACUUCCUGCAUUAUAUUAUAAUAUGAUCUAUGAUUGAGUAUAGUAGAAGUAAACAUGUUUCCGCCGUUAACGGUCAACGUAAACAUCACCUUUUGAAUUGUUUUUCUUGCAUCUAUAUACCUACAAUAUUUAGAAAUUUUCGAAAUAUGUAAUAUGUUCAUUUUUAAACACACACACAUUGUUCUCUUAAAGUACGGCGCUGUGAGCUGUCACGAAUAUCUGCGCUAUUUUAUUUACUAUUAAAUUUUGAUAUUUAACCUAGCAUAAAGACAAUAUGUAGCCAAUGUAGUAAUUUCAUUAAUAGAUUUACAAUAUUUAUGUAUCCUAAUUAGACUAACAUAAUUUUAUAAAUAAUAGAGAUAAACUUGGAGAAUGUUUAAAAUCGUAGGAAAACAAAAUAAUAAUAAUUAUUAUUAUACAUCUUUACGAAUAUGGCGUGUAUCGUUAAACGCGUAAAACUAUCUACAAUAUUUCUGAUUAUAUCGAUAAACAUUAUUUUUAAAGUUUGUAAAUAUUUUUUAAUUACUUAUGACAUAAAACAUGGAAUCUCUUUUUCCAUCGAUAUCGUAUCUGUUCGUGCUAUGGCGGUUUUUUACAAUUUUAUUGCUAUCUUCAGUAAUCGUGUAUACUGUUGCUUUUAUUUUAACAUUAUGUAAAUUAUUAAUGACAUGUUGUAAUAAGUAUAAAUUGAUAGCCAUAAAAUUACUUGUUUUAUAAAUAAAUAAAUAAAAUAAGUCUGUAAAUAUCAUGAUUAUACAUUAAGUUUUAUA